CUUAGCCCAAAACAGAUGGCUAUUCGAGAGAAAAUCCUUAAUGCUGUCAUCAACUGUUUCAAGCGUCAUGGAGCUAAAGGAAUAGACACUCCAGUGUUUGAACUAAAGGAAGUGUUAACAGAGAAGUACGGAGAAGAAUCCAGACUCAUCUAUGAUCUGAAGGAUCAGGGUGGGGAGCUUCUAGCUCUUCGAUAUGACCUCACAGUCCCUUUUGCUCGUUAUCUGGCCAUGAAUAAGAUAAAGAAGAUGAAACGCUAUCAUGUUGGAAAGGUUUGGCGAAGGGAGAGUCCCUCCAUAAUCCGAGGUCGAUAUCGGGAGUUUUGCCAGUGUGAUUUUGACAUUGCAGGGCAAUUUGAUCCUAUGAUCCCUGAUGCAGAGUGUUUAAAGAUCAUACAUGAAAUUCUCAACACAUUGCAGUUGGGAGACUUCCUAAUUAAGGUGAAUGACAGAAGAGUUCUGGAUGGGAUGUUUGCUGUCUGUGGUGUCCCUGAUAACAAAUUUCGUUUUAUCUGUGCUUCAGUGGAUAAGCUUGGCAAGAUGUCCUGGAAGGAUGUGAGACAAGAGAUGAUAGGAAAGAUGGGAGUCACCCCUGAUGUAGCAGAUCAAAUUGGGGAUUACAUCCAACAGUGUGGUGGAGUGUCCCUAGUGGAGCAGCUACUGCAGGAUCCCAAACUCUCACAGAACAAGCAGGCCCUGGAGGGAUUGGGAGACCUGAAACUUCUGUUUGAGUAUCUGACCCUGUUUGGUAUUGCAGAGAAGAUCUCCUUUGACUUGAGCCUGGCUCGAGGCCUGGACUAUUAUACAGGGGUGAUCUAUGAAGCAGUGCUUCUUCAGAGCCCAGCCCAACAGGGGGAGGAAGCACUUGGUGUGGGCAGUGUGGCUGCUGGAGGGCGCUAUGAUGGACUUGUUGGCAUGUUUGACCCCAAGGGUCGAAAGGUGCCAUGUGUGGGGCUCAGCAUUGGGGUUGAAAGGAUCUUCUCCAUUGUGGAACAGAGGAUGGAGGUAGGACCUCUGUUUAGAAAAAUACAAGCAACAGAGACACAGGUCCUUGUGGCUACAGCACAAAAGAAUUUUCUUAGAGAACGAAUGAAACUGAUUGCAGAGCUCUGGGAUGCUGGGAUCAGGGCUGAGAUGCUGUAUAAGAAGAAUCCCAGUUUCCUGAAUCAGCUACAUUACUGUGAGGAGACAGGCAUCCCAUUGGUGGCCAUCAUUGGAGAGCAAGAGCUAAAGGAUGGUGUCAUUAAGCUUCGUUCUGUGGCUAGUAGGGAAGAGGUAGACAUUAAACGAGAAGAUAUCAUAACCGAAAUCCAGAGGAGAAUGUCUGAAUCCUGAUCAUGUCUGUUAUUCAUCUGCUACUUCUUCCCACUGAUAUAAAUCUAGUCCAUUAUGGAGGCCCUCCAGUUUUACAUUUGGGCCAGGGUAGAUGACAUCCUUCUACCUCUUCCUAGGAGCUCCUGCCUAGUGUUCCUUUUUUGGAGAUGGGGGAAUAUCAGUGGUACAUAGGCUCCUGUUUCCUCUUGCUUUAAAAUCAUCAGUGUUUGAAAGCAGAGCAUCCACUUUUAACAGCUGGGAAUAGAGUCAUCUAGAGUAAGACUAUGUCAGAGAGAUACUACAGUCUGUCCUAUCAGUGACUACAAACAAGAAGUAAGUUGAAUUGUGUUCUCUGAGCAUUCUGAAAAAUGUUCAAACUGAAGGAAUCCUGAAAUACGAAGGAGUUCUUUCUGAGGUCAGAAUUCAGAUCCUCAGUUUCUUUUUCUUUUUUUUUUUUUAACCCUUACUUUCUGUCCUCAUAAUAAUUCUAAGACAGAGGGGCAAGGGCUAGAUAAAUGGGAAUUGAGUGACUUGAUCAUACAACAAGAUACUUCCUAGUGUCUGAGGCCAGAUUUAAGACUCUAAGUUUCUGAAGAGUGGCAGUCUCAAAAGGGGGUUGGAAUGGACAGUGUAAUUCCUUCCCAACUAUUCUCAUUAGUGCCAGGGACAAGCUAAUCCUUAGCUUCCUCAUGGUUUUGAAUAUUGAAGUUCACACUCUUAUUUCUUGGUUUCAUUCAGGUCCUUAUCUUUUAAGUGAAGAGGUUUCCUCAGAUGACCUCUUGAGGUGUCUCCAGGUGUGCACAUAUGAAUUAUGUCUCUAUGAAUUGUAACAUCUAAAAGGAUGUGGUUGGUGCUUUUCUCCCCUUCCCUGAUAUAUUUGUACAACUAUUGUUCUGAUCUUUUUCCUGGGCCAAAACAGCUGCUGUGGCUUGUCACAAGUAGCUGUUUGGAGAUGACUUCAAUAAUAUAUUAAAGGUAUAAGUAAUUUGGAUAA